AGGCUUAAGUAUGGAGUGGUGAUGCUGGGAGCCCGCACGCACACGCGGCUGCUGCUCCGAGGAGGAGAGCAGAUGGGGAAACACCCUCCUCCGUGACCGUCCUACAUCUUCCAGAGGGGGAACAGCAGCGCCGCUGGAUUUAUGGUGAUUUUUUUUCCCCCCUCCCACGCAGCAUUCCCAGCCCCGGCUGCUCCCGGCGCCGCUCGCAUCCCUGGAGGCGCUUGGAAGGGGAUGCUCGGAGGGCACCGGGCAUUUUUGGGGUGAAGUUGCGGCGGGUUCCUGGCCAUGCUCCGCCCGGACUCGGUUUCCCCGGAGCUGUGAGUACCUCUGCUCUUCCCGAGCGAUCCCGGCGGGAAGGAGGGAGCUCCUCGCUGGAGGAUCGGGCUCUGCAUGAGCUUCUGAGGCAGGUCUGGAUCUGUGGGAUUAGUGGAGAUGGAAUGAAAGCAUAACCCACCCCCCUCACCAUGGAGCUGGCCAACACCAAGGACUUCCAGUGGAAAUCCCUGGCCCCGCUCCCGAGCCGCAGGGUCUACUCCACGCUGGUGGAGGCCGGGGGGCAGGUCUUCGCCAUCGGGGGCUGCGACGACAACGGGGUCCCCGUGGACUCCUUCGAGGUCUAUUCCCCCGAGGCCGACCAGUGGACAGCCCUGCCCCCCAUGCCCACGGCCCGGGCAGGGGUGGCCGUGGCCACGCUGGGCAAGAGGAUCAUGGUGGUCGGAGGGGUCGGGGCCAACCAGCUGCCGCUGAAGGUGGUGGAGAUGUACAACGUGGACGAGGGCAGGUGGAAGAAGAGGAGCUCGCUGAGGGAGGCGGCCAUGGGCAUCUCGGUGACGGCCAAAGGCAAGGGGGGAACCUGCCACCAGGCUGGGGGGGUGGGGAGGGCUGGCACCGAUUCACAGGGUGGUGGCUGAAAGUUGGACUCGGUG